AUGUACGUCAAUGGUGUAAAUGGUAAUGGACAUGGACAUCGACGUUCCGAGUCGACGUCGAAGAAGCAGGAUGCUGCGGAGCUUGUUAAUCGAAGGUUGAAGGAGGCGUUGGCGGAUGCGACGGAAAGACAGGCGGAUUAUAUUAAGCUUGAUCGUGCGUUUGUUGAGGCUAUUGUGCAGAGUUUGGACCAGAAACGGGAGCAGGUGACGGAGAUAUCGACGAAGCUCGAUAGUAUGAAGCGAACAAGCCAAAUGUUCUUUGAUGGUCUUUCGGUUGCGCAGGACGAGUACAAGCAACAACUAGCGGCUCGACACAAUGCCGAAGAAGAGGUUUCGAGGUUGAAGAUCGAGGUUUCUGGACAGGCUGCUCGGAUUACUGCUUUGAGUAGUGAUGAGCGGAGGAGACAGGUGCAGAAACAGCUGGAGAAGGAGUUGAAUGAUAGUUUGAGUGGAUUGGAGCAGAAUUUAUCAAAGUUGAAGGUGGAGAGGGAUAUGACUCUUGCGGAGGUUGAGGAGUUGUCGGCUUCGAAGACUUCCGUACCGAAUGGCGAUGGACAAGGACAAGGAGCAAGUAUCGGACGGUCGCUGACAAUGCGGCUUGAUAACAUCAAGAGGCAAUAUCAACAUGAUCUCGUACCUCUCACGCAGCAGCGUGAGGCGCUCGUAAGGGAGAUUGUGGAUUUGAAGGAAGCGAGGGAUAUUUUCCUUGAGGAGACUGCGGUGUUGAACGCGAGGAAUGAGGAGCUUGCGCAGUUGAAUCAGCAGUAUGAGCGGAGAUUUGAAUCCGGUGGUGCUGGGCAAUCGAAGACGUCGAUUGAUAAGUUUGAUAGUUGGAAGGCACGGCAGGGGCUGGGGCAAGGGGGUGCUGCUGGUGCUGGUGCCAGUGCGCAGGCGUCGCCGAUGGUGAAUACGACGUCGACGUCGAGCUCGGCGACCUUGAUUGAGGAUGUCGAGCAAGUCCGCCAGCAGAAACCUGCGAAGCCGGAGGUGGGGGAUAUACCUGUACGAAACCGGAUUGGGUUACGCUGGCCGGGAGGGAAAGCGAAUAAGGACCGGAUUGAGCAUGCGUUCCAGCAGCUUAGCGUCUUGAGAUUUGCGAGGUGUGAUCUUUGUGGGGAUAAGAUGUGGGGGUCGCAAGUUCGUUGUUCCACAUGCAACAUGUCCGUACACGUCCGGUGUGUGGGUCAGGUACAGGCAUCAUGCCAUGACGGAUCAGCGAAUGGUUCUGACGAACACCUUGCCCCGGUCGCGCCUUCGAUGUUCGGAAGAGAUUUGAUUGAACAGGUACGGGAGGAUGCGAAGACGGCGAAGAAUGCGGACUUGUUCGUUCCGAUUAUUGUGGAGAAGUGUAUUAAUGCUGUUGAGGCGAAUGCAAUGGAUUACGAGGGUAUUUAUCGGAAGACAGGAGGUUCAGGACAGUCGAAAGCGAUCACGGCUUUGUUUGAACGUGGGGAUUACGAGUCCUUUAAUCUGAGUGACUCGGAUUCGUUCAAUGAUGUGUCGAGCGUUACGUCUGUGUUGAAGAAUUACUUCCGGAUGUUGCCUAAUCCGUUGUUGACGUUUGGGAUGCAUGAGGCGUUCGUUGCUGCUGGAGGUAUUAAAGAUAUGCAGGCGAAGGGCCAAGCGUUGAGGGAACUUGUGAAACAGCUCCCUGCGGAACAUUAUCAUACGUUGAGCCGGUUGAUGUCGCACCUUCAUCGGAUACAGCUUAAUGCUGAAGUUAACCUUAUGAACGCACGGAACCUUGGGGUUAUAUUUGGACCCACACUCAUGCGAUCUGCGGACCCGAGCAGGGAAUUUGCAGAUAUGGCGGGCAAGUCACUUGCGAUUGAGUAUUUGAUUGAGAACGCACCGUCGAUAUUCCCGAGUGUUUCUGGUUCGUCGGGUUUGACAUCUUAA